GGACUUCCAGUCAGUCAUCUGCACACCACGGCAUGCGUGGGUGCGUACGUAUCGUAUUAUAUACAUCCGCCCUUCUCUUCUCCUCCCUCGCCCCGGCCGGACGGCUAAAAAGUAACACGCCCGCGAUCAGUGAUUAGGGGAGAGACCAAACAGCAGCGGGCGUCAUAGCCCUGUCUCACCUUCCCGCCCAGCCCCGUUACACACCCCACCCACCUACCCACCCAGCCCUAUUUCCUGCGCGUCCAUGGCGAAGACGCACCGCAGCCAGCUCUCGGACCCGUUCUCGGCCCUGACCCAGCCGCCGGCGAACGAAACGCCCGCGGAACGCCAUGCGCGAGUGCAGGCGGAGCAGGAGCAGAAGCGCGUGAGCGACCAGAUCGACGAGGAGCUGAAGCGCGAGCGCGUCGAGAGGAAGAAGCGGGCGAAGCGGGAGGUGCUGGUGCUCCUGCUUGGGCAGAGCGAGAGCGGGAAGAGCACGGUGCUCAAAAAUUUUCGCAUGAAGUACGCUGCGACGCAGUGGAAAGCCGAGCUGCGCUCCUGGCGAACGGUGGUGCAGCUCAACCUCAUCCAGAACGUCAUCACCAUCCUAGACCAUCUCGAUGACCGACUGGCAAGCCAUCCGUCAUUACCUCCAGGGUCGGAAGCAGGCUCCAGCUCGCCCCCGGUCUCGUUCCAAGCGCCGAUGGUCUCGUAUGGCCGUGCUUCCAUCGACUCGAACUUCUCGGACAUGUCCAUGGCAACAUCAACAGCCCCGGGCGUGACGCUGUCCCAAAAGCACCGGAUCCUCAAUCUGCGGCUCUCCCCCCUACGCAAGGUCGCGGAGGACCUCCGGCGGCGGCUCGGCGCGGACGACCCGGAUCUUACGUUCGCGAACGGGGACGACGGUGCGGCGCUCGGGUUCGGCGGUGCGCUGCCGGACGAGCGACGCGCCGUGAGACAGGAGUUCGGGGUCCGCGGGUGGAUAGGCGCGCUCGGACUCAAUUCUCCGUUUGGCGGCGCUAGGCGAGGCAGUUCUGAUCGCCAAGGACAAGCGAUGUCCGUCGACGAGGCCACGGAGAUCCUCGCGUCCCUGUCCGAGGAUAUCAGUGCGCUGUGGAACGACGAGGAUGUACAGCUGCUGCUGCAGGAAAACCGUGUCAGGAUGGAGGAUCAGCCCGGCUUCUUCCUUGCUGAUACAGAACGUAUCACCUCCCGAGAUUACGUACCAUCAGACAACGAUGUCGUCCGGGCCCGGCUUCGCACGUUGGGCGUGCAGGAAUGGCGGAUUGUCCUUGAGAACGGGGACUCAUUUGGAUCUGAAUGGGUAAUUUACGAUGUUGGCGGGUCGCGGUCAAUGGUGUGUGUUUCGCUGCGGCUGCUUGCCGCCUGGACUCAUGUAUCUCAGCGACACGCCUGGCUGCCGUACUUUGACUCGAUGAAUGCCAUCAUCUUCCUUGCUCCCAUCUCCUGCUUUGAUGAACGGCUAGAAGAGGAUCCAUCUGUCAACCGCCUCGAGGACACCCUGUUGUUGUGGAGGGCCAUUGUGUCAUCCAAGCUGUUGGCCGAAACGACUCUGGUGGAAGCUGCAGAGUGGCGUUCAAGUCAAAAAUAUCUAAUCAGUUAUGGAGAGCGAGAGAACGAGGUCAGCGCCGUGGUCAAAUAUCUGAAGGACAAGUUUAAGGAUAUACUCCGCGUAGAGUCCGCUGGGCCCAGAUCGGCAUAUCUCUACGCCACUUCCGUAACGGACACAAAAGCGACUGCUGCGACGUUGAACAUUCUCCGCGACAGUCUUAUUCGGGAGCACCUGAAACACGCCGAGUUUCUGUAGAUCUUUCUGCCUGCGUCGGUGAUUGGGAUCUUUGCCACUUAUCUAUAUAUCUAUCCACAUCAUUCGUUUUCUCCGUAUUUAUUUUUGACUGCUACCAUUCUUACUACUACGUGUAUGUACUUUAUAAAGGCGAUAAGAUGCCAUGUUAAUUUUAUUGUAGCUCGGAUUCAACCUGUGAAUUUCGUUCAAAAUCUAUCAAACGAAGUGGCCGGCCGUCCGCGGGCUCUGAUGGACUUCUGGAAUGAGUCAUGCCAUGCGUGCGAGGGCAGGUUCGCUUUCCAUGCGGGCACCAUGCGGGCUCAACUUGAGGGGUAAAUGAAAGAAGCAGUGUCGAAGAGUGCUUUUCACGUCCGAAACAUGUGGUUUUGCAGUAUGUAGCAGUGAAGAAUCAAGCUGCGAACAUCGUCCCUCAAUACCACCUAUUUACGCCAAGUUUCGGGUUCAAAAUCUCCGCGCACACAUCUUGAGGCACUUGGAGAAUGAGAAAAAGCAUUCGAAUCGUCAGUGAUGAGAACACUGCUCCUACAAUUGAACACCACCCCCGAGGAAUAGGUUCCUGGAAAUCGGUCUUUGCACGUGAUUAAGGUCACGGGACUCCAUCCUGAUCUCGUCAUCCCACCGUGUAUGCGGUCACAUGUUGUCUACCAACCUUGACGCAGGCGGCGACUAUGCUAUCCUCCCGCCCUAUCGACGCACGAAUGCUGGCGAACGCCAAAACGCCUGGGAGAGAGAAUGCAAUGAGGCAGAAGGCUCUCAUGACGGGGCAUGGGAAGGGGAAACAAGCGCCGCCAAUGUCUCUUCGUAUGUAGUCCUUUUCCAAAGCGACUCGUGUCUUGCAGAGAUCGUUCGGACGGUCUUCUCAUCUCUGAACCAUCUUCCAACCCAGAGACUCAGCGAAUGAAAGAUGGCGCGGCGUCAAAGAACCCGCUCGUUACCCGCCUCGCCAUGGGCGAUAAAACGCCCUUCGUGAACCGCCAAGCGACGUAUCCCACGGCCCCCAGCGAUGAGAAGCUCGCCAAACUAGUUCUCGUCGACAAACCACAGCCUACUUCGACCGCGACGCUCGAACCGAGUCCCCUGCCCAGCGCGACGCGCAAGCACAUCCGCACACCACGUCUCAGCGCUGGGAACACGAAGCACGCGUUUCGCACGCCCGCCGUGAACGGAAACCCGUGGGAGGUGAUUGACAGUCCCGCCGCCGUGCUCCCCGAGCCGGGGACCGAGGGGGUUGGUGUUGGGACGCCGGACGACGACUACGAUGAGAUCGAGUACAUGCCACCACCCGUGGCUGCUACAGACUACGCACCGCCCUUCGACUUUGCGCUGCCCGACUACGGUCAGGUUGGCAGAAGCCUGCUGCAGAUGACGCGCUCGUUCCCUAUGGGCGACGAUGCACGCCCUGUCGAUCCGGAUGUGACGACGGUAGAAGACAUUGGAUGGAACGGUUUGGACCUACCUGACAUCCCACUCGAGCCUGAUGACCCGUUCGCCGUUCAUGUCAAACCUCGUGCUCCACCGAAGAAAAGCGGUCUGCGGAAGCCUGUCGUUCCUGGGCCUUCGCGCUCUAUCUCGACUGCUACGACUCGAACCCGAUCUGCAGCGGCCGUCACGACGAGGUCUGCUCCUGGUCCCCGGCUUGCGGUAGCAAAGAAACCGGUCGUGGCUACGACGAGAUCGACUGGCAUCUCGCGACCGACGGUGCCGAGUGCGAGAACCGUGAAGCCUGUCGCUGCUACGGGAAGGCCCGGGCCGUGGCCAGUGGCGCACCUAAAGCUGGCUGGCAGGGUGUCGGUCAUGAUUCUUUCGGUGCCGCGUUGAAGUUCGAGACUGUUGCGGGAGAAGAUUUCUUGUUCGAGCUCUGAUUUCACUAUAUCUCCUCUACGAUGUACAUAUACGACGAAGCAACUCAAAGUCUG